UAUUGUGGCMAAACCUUAUMGUGUCUWGUGUCAUACAGUUCUACUUACGAACGGGGAAAUAACGGGGAAUUYGGAGUGAAAAYAAGUACCGUUUUGGAAUUACGACUUUGUGGAAAAUAUGGAGUUUCUCAUAGGAAGCCCCUUUUCUUCUCCUGUUGGACAAAGAAUUGACAGUCAUAAUAAGGGGAUAAUAUCUCCUGUUGAUGUUGACAGAACGAGCCACCAGCGCCYCGCUGCAUUCAGAYGACUGGGCCCUUAACAUGGAGAUAUGRGACAUCAUCAACGAGACAGACGAAGGACCCAAAGAUGCAGUCAAAGCCAUAAAGAAGAGGAUUGUUGGUAAUAGGAGCUUCAGGGAGAUCAUGUUGGCUUUGACAGUUCUGGAGGCAUGUGUAAAGAACUGUGGCCACCGGUUCCAUGUUCUAGUGGCGUCCCAGGACUUUGUGGAGGGGGUUCUGGUCCGAGCCAUCCUGCCCAAGAACAACCCUCCCACCACCCUGCACGACCGGGUGCUGAGCCUCAUACAGGCGUGGGCCGAUGCGUUCCGUAGCUCUCCCUCUCUGGGAGGUGUGGUCUGUGUGUACGAGGAUCUGAGGAGGCGGGGCCUGGAGUUCCCUAUGACCGACCUGGACGCCCUCUCCCCCAUCCACACCCCCCUCAGGAGCAUUCCAGAGAACGACUCCUCUGUUACAGUGCCAGCUCCACCACCUCAGAGUCAGACUCCCCGUGGCCCUGCUGCCCCUGCUGCCUCGUCCCCUACCCAGGCUGCACUGACUGCCGUGCCCCCACAACUCAGCGAUGGACCCAUCUCCAUCUCUCCUGAACAGGCCCAGAAGCUGAGAGUUGACCUGYCUCUGGUCAGGGGGAACCUGACUGUGAUGACUGAGAUGUUGAACCAGUUGACGCCUGGACAGAACCAGCAGGAGGACUCUGAGCUACUGCAGCAGUUGUACCAGGUGUGUAGGGAGAUGCAGAGCCGUGUGGUGGAGCUGAUCCCCAGGCUGGUGGACGAGGGCCUCAUAGAGGAGCUGCUGGUCGUCAACGAUGACUUAAACAAUGCCUUCAUCCGCUACGACAGGUUUGACAGACUCAAUAAGGCCCAGAGAACAGCUACAGAGCAGCAGACUCCUGCCAGGGCCAACCUCAUUGACCUCAGCCCUGUGCCCCAGUCCCUCAGCCAACCAGCAACCACCUCUGUGGCCGCCAGCCAACCCGCAUUCAGCGCUCCCUCCAAUCAGUGGCAGGCAGCCAACCACAGUGCACCAGAGGAGGAUGAGUUUGACAUGUUUGCCCAGACCAGGGGCAGCUCUCUGGCCGAUCAGAGGAAGAGUAUGCGGUACGAGGACCCAGGAGCAGUGGAAGGACUGGCUGGAGCCCUGGACACCAGGUUACAGGUCACUGGAGCGAUUCCUUCGUCUAAGCCUAGCCCUAAGAACUCCACCCUGGAAGACGUUGACAGAUGGCUGUCUGCGGACACAGAAACGCAACCAGAGGCUGGGGACAGGGAAGGUCUGACCAGUGAGGAGUUUGACAAGUUUCUGGAGGAAAGGGCGAAGGUGGCCGACCACAUUCCCUCAACACGCAGCCUGCCCCCCGUCUCGUCCAGGCCCCCGCCACAAUCRGCCCGGCCACAGGAGAGCUCCCAUGACCAGCUUUUCUCACUCUGAGAGAACGGCGCACGCACAGCAGAGGUGGACUCKCAGGUCGACACAUAGUCUUAGCCAACACAUAGGAUGAACACGCACAGUGCCUCGCUACCUUUUUAAUCAUAGUGUUUCUACUUUGAAAUGAAGAUGUUUUUCAGUCUUCACUUUGUGCUGUUGCUGUAGUUAAAGUCUAUGACAUGAUGACAAUCGGUUAUCCUGUGGUGGCACUUUACUUUACCUUAUCAAUGUAUAUAUAUAUCACCUGAGUAUGCGUACUUGGUUACACACACACUGCGUGGUGGUCUUUUUUUAUUUUUUAUUGA